AUGAACAGUAGGCUUAUUAAGAUUGCUGACAGGCUCAUCUCCUCUAACCAGAUUGCCUUUAUCAAAGGCAGGUACAUUCUAGAAAGUGUGGUGGCCGCCCAUGAAAUUAUUCAUGCGGUGUUUGGGAAAAAGGAGAUGGGAGUUAUCCUAAAGCUAGAUUAUGAGAAGGCGUACGAUAGGGUUAGUUGGGAUUUCCUGGAUGAAAUGCUAAUAUCAAGAGGUUUUGGUACAAAGUGGAGAAAGUGGAUUAGGAAGGUUGUGAGAGGUGGUUCUAUUUGUGUUAGAAUAAAUGAUGAAAAUGGGGGUUACUUCAAACCUGGAAAAGUACAGCAUGAAGAAGAUGUGGCCAUAGGGUUUCUGGAAGAAUAUGAUUUGGAUUAUGAAAUUGCUGUUGUCAAAGUCCCGGCCGUCCUUGAUGUUUAUUGCGUGCCUCUCGAUCAUCAGGUGCAAUUUGACCCCCAUGGUCGAAAGGUAGUGGCAGUAGGGCGUGACAUCUCUGACAGAUUAUUGACCACAAGUGGGACAUGUACUGAUUCACGUGGAUCUCAAUAUAGUCGGUAUCUUAUGUUCUCUACAUGUAAAUUAUCUGAGGUUAUGCAGGGCGGUGCACUUUAUGAUUUUUAUGGGAACUUUUUUGGCAUCAACCUCUUCUGGGAUAUGGAAAGAACAAUUUUCUUGCCAAGGAGUAUAAUUCUCGAACGUGUGGUGCAUUUUCGUACAUCCUUGAAAAAGAGUGUAUUUCUAAACCUGGUGAAGCCAGUCAGGGAUAAAAAAAGACAAAUAAGACGCAUAGGUGUGAAACUUCUCCCUCGUCCUGAAGGUAGCAUUAAGAUUUUUGGAGACGUAUAUCCUAAAGGUGUCUGGAGUGAACUCGAGCAUGGAGUUGUUUCUCACAUAUUAAGAAAUCUUGUUGCACUUGCUUCAUUCAAAGGUGAAUCAAAAUUAAGAACAUGCACGGGAUUUUUCAUUGACUAUGCUGAUAAAUGCCCGACUAUUCUGACAUCAGCGAGCUUGGUUAGGAAAAACGACGCCAAAAUUAUUGAGGGCUUAAGGAUUGUGGUGUUGCUUCCAAACAGGGAACGCUGUGAAGGGAAAUUGGAACAUUAUAGUUUACAUUACAAUGUUGCUCUAGUCAGCGUCAAGAAUUAUACUGUUGAUUGUCCUGUGGAUCUGAACAGUGAGCAUUUAGAUUGGUCUACCAAGUUAUUAGCCGUGGGCCGUUGCUUUGAAUCAGGUUUAGCUAUGGCUGCAAGUGGAAAAUGUACCAGGUGGUCAGGCAACCUGGAUUGCAAAGAUCUUCAGUACACUGCAUGUACAAUCACUAAGGCUGGGAUUGGAGGGCCCCUUGUUGCUGUCAACGGCAAAUUUGUGGGCAUGAACUACUAUGAUAGGAACAUGGGAACUCCGUUCCUGUGGUUUGAUCUUCUCCGUGGAAUUCUGAACUAUUUUAAGACAGGACAAACAAAUUAUAUGAAGAUACUCCAUGAUUCAUCAGGAUUAAUUUGUAGGGUGGGCUGUAUUGUUAAAGAUGGUGAGCAACAACCACCAAACAGACGAAGUGAAGACAAAAUCCUUGAGGAUCAAGAUGAAGAUGCAUCUAAAGAUGAACGUGCAGCCAUAGCCCACCCCAAUAGAUACUGGUACCGUAAUGGAAAUCUUUCCGUGUACAAGUAGUCCUACGGUCAUGGAGCUUUUACCGUAUACAAGUAGUCUUUUUUCUACUCUGCUGAACCAGAUGUAAGCUUGUUUUAGCUAGAUUCGUUGAGGAAUCUUUGUUUAAUAUUUGAACCCUUACUUGUUAUUAUGCAAGUCGAGAACUGUACUGCUGAAUCGUAUGAGGUUAUGAGCCCAAACAAUAUGCUGUGACGUUAGUCUCUGCAAGUGGAUCCGUGCGCACGUCCUGGUUUCCAAAUGUGCUGUCACAUGAUACCCCACAAUGGAUAGUUUCUUAAGUUGCUUCUUGAGCUAUUCAAGAUAAUUAAAUGUUACAUUUUUGUAUA